AGAGCAUGUUCUCCAUGUCUAUGGUGACCAAAACAUUAUAGAAGCUUUUUAUAUACUAUGGAAUAAACAAAUUGGUGCAGUUGCUGUAACAGAUAGAGGAAGUAAGAGGCUUAUUGGUUGUUUGAGGAACAGUGACGCAUAUCUUCUCUUGGAGAAGGAAGAUUUAUUUCAGAACAGAAAAAGGAUAACGGUGAAGGAGUUCAUUCAUAUGGAACCAAAUAAAGGACGAGGGGACGCUAACAUGACAGUCGAAGGGAGGCAAGGGGCACUUACCUUGUCCGGUGCACGUUCUCUAAUUAACAGCAAACUUCCAAAUAUGCACACCCCAGUGACGAGCAAGAGAGAUGACACACUGAAGCAAGUAAUGAAAACUAUGGUAGAGACAAAUAGCAGUUUCAGCUUUCUUGUCAAUAAUUUGCAGCAAGCAAUAGGGAUACUUACUUUGCGAGACAUGAUAACUCAAUUCGCUCCUCCCUGUAUGAAUUCAGCCAUUCAAGGAGGUAGUUUUUUUGAAUCUGCUCUGGAACAAACUGGGUGUCAGGUUAGAAAUGGUACCAUAAUUUGUAACAGAACAUUUUAGUAUACGGUGCUGGGUUUAACCAUAUGAGAAACAUAGAUGUAUCACAGAACUAAUUAUAGGGAAAAAAACACAAAUUGAUAGUUGAGGUGAUUUGGU